ACUGUAAGUAAAACGCUACCAAAGAUUCAACCGUGUCAGUCCCGAGUCAGGUUUUCAUACUGAAGAGUCCCGGUAGAAUUCAUUUCUUAUCGAGUUCUCAAGUCAAAAUAUUGACUGGCUUAAAAUGUCCGCUGGUACAUCAUUUUCAGAAGAGAAGAAAUGGUGGUCGUUAAUGGGGUAUUCUUUCAAGUCUCCCAUUUAACCUAAAACUAGUAUUUUUUUCGUCUUACUUCUUUGAGUCUUUCUUCACCAAAUCAUUUUGUAUUGCUAAUCAAACACGUGAUUUUUACCCCCAUUUGUAAUUUAUGAAUUAAGGCAUCAUUUUAACUUGAUGGGUCUAUUAAAUUUUUGAUUUUUAUACUAAUAAUCAUCAAAAAUUUUCAUAAUGAUGUUGAUGUAUUUGUUUGUAAUCUUGUUUGGUAACCUAACUUAACUCGUCUUUGACUCAUUUUUCGUAUAUCAAUUGCUACGAGUUUGUAGUCUAGUCGACAUCAUCUUUAUUCUAAACGAAAUGCUUGUUGUCUUAUCUUAAGUGGAUUGGAAAGUUUCUAGCUUCCAAUUUUCUUAUUCUUGCUGUGAAAAUUCCUGUACAUUGUCUGCAAUUGUAUAGUACAACUUGUAAGUUACUAAGAGAACAAUGGUUAAACGAAUAUGGAUGGAGUUCUGGUAGAACCAAGACUUGUAAACGCGAUGUAUGUAGUGUUCUAAGAAGCUUCAUUUAAAACAGAAUGGAAGUUUCAUACUGUGGAAAAUAGAAUCCAUGUCCAAGAAUAUGAAAUGAGGUGGAAAUUUGUUCAUAUGUGUGGAUAUGACUUUGUAUGUUGGUGUUUUGGUUCUUUUCUGUUAAUCUAUACCUACAAACUUUGAGUCAUUCUUAUAAUUCAAGUUUUAUGUGACACACAGUCUGAGCUAACGAAAAAAACAUAUGACCCCAACACCAAUGAUUUCUGUGUCAUGGUUUUGGCAGCUACUACAUACGCGGGGUCUUGUGGAUUGUGUGCAGUUUCAUAUAACUCUGUUAAUUGGAUGAGUCAGUAUGUUGUUUCCAUGUUGUUGUCGAAUGAAUGUGGCAGUUGUUGGUUUAGUGGUUUUCUAUAAGCAUAAGAAAUGUUAAUGUCCAUGGGUCAUUUUCAAGUGUAGUUCAUGAAACUUUAAAGAACCACGUUCUAUUUGGUAACAUUUAGAAAAGUAACAUCAGAGUCGACCUCAUAAGUAGCCAUCUUGUGCAUGGAAAACUAGUCUUCUCUUUUCAUGCAUCAUGACUUGUCCAACUUGUAACUUUUUCCAGGAGAAUUUAGUUAGCAUUUUUGGAAACUUGAGACUUAGUCUAGGUUCAUAGAAAUAACCAAAUUUAGACUUCUUGAUGUUGACAAUCAAGAAGGUUUUACAAAAUUGCCUAAAGGUACAGAUCAAUUAGGAUAGAGCGGAAAACAUACUCCUUGUUUUUGUAUCGAUGACUAACGGGUCAGACUAUCAUUCACUGUAUUCUGAUUGAAUGGAAAGUCAUGAGUAUAAACUACUUGAGUUCACAUCUAUUUGCUUGUUGGGACCCAGCACCGCAGAAAAUACUGCUAGGACCAUAGAGUCUGGAGUUUGGGAUGUGUGCAUGGUGAGGACUACCACUGUGAUUUUACUGCAUCGUCUCUAUAUAAAUAGCAGUAGCUCUGCAGGCAUAUUGCAUUCAAGCUUUUAAAGUACUUGCUUGUUAAGUGUAAUUGGAGUUGUCAAGAAAUCCAGAUUUGGGAACCAAAUAUUACAUUCAAGCUUUUAUAGUACUUGUUAAGUGCAAUUGGAGUUGCCAAGAAGUCCAGAUUCUGGAACCAAAUAUGUAUCAAUCUCAUCUAUCGUUGCCCACAUUCACACGCUCUGCUGCUUUAUUUCAGGGAAAACUGGUGCAGAACAGCUCGACAGCCAGUAAGGAGAGAGGAGUCGGAAUGUUCAUCAGACGGCGUUACAUGAGGACUGUAUGUCUCACCAAAGUUCCACGCAAUGCAAAUUUAGAAAAACUGCAAAAUGGUUACUUGUUCCCAGAGAUUUCCAGACACGAGUUUGAACAUGUCCAAAAGUACCCAAAUGUGAAAUUGAUAAGCCUUGGGGUUGGUGAUACUACGGAACCUAUUCCAGACAUCAUCACAUUGGAUAUGGCCGCACACUCCCGUGCUCUAUCAACAGUUGGGGGGUAUAGAGGUUAUGGAGCUGAGCAAGGGAACAAGGAAUUGAGGAAGGCAAUUGCGGAAACUCUGUACCCCGACAUACAUAUUAAAGACACCGAAGUCUUUGUCUCAGACGGUGCACAAUGUGACAUAUCUCGCAUUCAGUUGCUUCUAGGACCCAACGUUACAAUGGCUGUCCAAGAUCCUUCCUUCCCGGGAUAUGUCGAUACAAGUGUUAUAAUGGGAAGGAGUGGGCAUUUUCAGGAAGAAAAUGGGAAGUAUGGAAAAAUAGAGUACAUGAAAUGUGGACCAGAGAAUAACUUCUUUCCUGAUUUGUCAAACACACCACGGACUGAUAUCAUUUUCUUCAUCUCCCCAAACAAUCCAACUGGUUACGCUGCAUCAAGAGAUCAGUUGGAGAAACUGGUCAAGUUUGCAAAGAAAAAUGGCUCAAUUAUCAUCUACGACUCUGCUUAUGCUGCAUACAUAUCAGAUGACAGUCCUAGGUCUAUCUUUGAAAUUCCUGGUGCCCGAGAGGUGGCUAUUGAGAUAUCAUCCUUCUCCAAAUUUGCUGGGUUCACUGGCGUUCGUCUUGGUUGGACAGUGGUACCUGAAGAGCUUGAAUUUUCAAACGGGUUUCCUGUAAUAAAUGAUUUUAACCGUGUCGUCUGCACUUGCUUUAAUGGCGCUUCAAGUAUUGCUCAGGCUGGUGGUCUAGCUUGCCUUUCUCCAGAAGGCUAUAAGGGAAUCCGAAGUGUUAUUGAUUUCUACAAGGAGAACAUGAAGAUUCUGCUCGAAACAUUUCAAUCACUUGGUUUGAAGGUAUACGGAGGGAAGAAUGCUCCUUAUAUUUGGGUACAUUUUCCUGGUUCAAGUUCUUGGGAUGUUUUUGCCAAGAUUCUUGAGAAGACCCAUAUAAUCACAAUUCCAGGUACAGGAUUUGGUCCAAAUGGUGAAGAGUACAUAAGGGUUAGUGCUUUUGGUCACAGGAAUUCCAUAUUGGAAGCUUCAGAGAGGUUGACAAAUCUUUUGAAAUGAAGUCCUUUUCAUGCUUCAUUGGUUCCAAGUCUAAGCAUUCUUUCAAUAACUUUCAUUGGUUCCAAGUCCAAGCAUUCUUUCAGCAACAAUAAUACAAUGUCUAUAUUGUGAUUACAAUUUACGCCUUGUAAAAUUUACCAUGAAAAUUUACUGUUGAAUAAAGUCUUAUGUUGUUCAGUACUAUAUAGUAUAAUGUUGCUUCUUUUC